CUCAUAAAGAUUCUGCUCAAAAAAGAUAUCGACGUUGACGCUCACGGAGGACACGAUGGCACGGCACUUCUGGUAGCUGCAGCAAGAAAUGAAAAGAAGAUUGUGAGAACACUGCUUCAAAAUGGGGCAAAUAUCAACGCUCAAGGAGGCUUCUAUGGCACUGCACUCCAAGCAGCAGCCGCUAAAGGCAAGAAAAAUGUAGUAGAAGUUCUGCUUAAAGGGGGUGCCGACAUUAAUAUCCACGCAGGCGCCUACGGCACCGCCCUUCGUGCAGCUGUAUCAGAAGGCCACAAAAUCAUUGCAGCAAUGCUAGUUCAAGAGGGAGAAAAGAUCCAU